UACGUGAUGAUCUUGUUGAAUGGAGGAGUGCCAGUAGCUUUUGCUGAUAGUGAAGAGCCAGCUGCAUAUGGCGAAUUGAUCUCAAUUGGUGGCCUUGGACCAAGUGUUAAUGGAAAACUCAGUUCAACAAUUGCAGAAAUUCUUCAAACAAAGCUAUCUAUAGAUAGUUCUCGGUUUUAUAUCAAAUUUUACGAUGUUCAGGUAUUUUAUUUGACGUCUUCCUUUCUGAGGUUUGAUUGA